AUGCUUAUUCACAUCUUUGGAGUUGAUUCGGCUGAAUCAAUACUUUCUAUAGAAAGUGUCGAGCAGUGGAGGUUUUUUUUGAAAACGAGUAACCUUUUGUUGUUCUUGAAGGAAAUCAAUAUAAAUCUACACGACAAACCCUUUAUUAUCUUCAUCGAUGAAUUCGAUAUAUUGCUUUCCUCCCAAUACGAGGCUGUCUGCAGUUCUCUCUUAAUGAAACUUCGAGGCAUUAAAUCCACCACUGAUAUAAAGCUAGCUAAAUUCUUGGUGAGUGAAGGCGUCCUUGAAAAUGCAGAUGAACCACAUACGUUCAAAAUGACUUCCACUUUCAUGGAUUUGCUGGUUCGGAAAUUCGUUAUUCCUAUUAUAUGUGUCCUUAAAAGGGCAUCCGAUUUAUCAUACAAAACAGCUCAUAUGAGUAUAUAUUAUGUAAACGUUCCUCGCGAAAGCGUUCACGAUACCGAAUUAAAUAGAAUCCUGGUGAAUUGGUUAAGAUAUGGACAUAAUUACUGCGACAUAGUAAUCUUGCCACCUAUCACAUGCCAGACUUCUCAUAACCAGCCAACUAUUAUUCUCGAACUGUUAUCAACAACGAAUAAAGAGUUAAGAGAACACUUUGAUCGAGUGCAAAUCAACUUUCGCAGGCGAGAAUCUGGCACGAUUUGGGCUUUACGACAGUUCGUACGGUUGCGUGCCGGUGGGCUGAGGAUUAUAAAAAGAUACAUGUCACUCGUACUAGGAGUUUAA